AUGCUCUUUAAAUACAGUUUCGUUCCGAUUAUGACCAUGGAAAUUGACGGAGUCUCCGUCGACAUUUCCUUUGCCUCUCUUCCCUCCUACCCCUUCAAGCUCCCCGAAUUCCUGGACAUUCUUUCCAACGACAUUUUACGAAACGUCAGCGAGCAUACGCUUCACUCGCUUACAGGAUGUCGUUGCACCGAAUUUGUUAUUCAGAAACUCCGAUCAGAGAAUAAACUGGACAUUUUCCGUCAAACAUUCUUCGGAAUUCGAUUUUUCACCAAGCAAUACAAAAUAUAUAAGAACGUGAUGGGUUAUUUAGGCGGAGUGAACAUCACGAUUCUCUUAGCUUCCACCAAUCUUUUAGAAAACGACUUUCUAACAAAUACUUUCCACUUUUUCCACUUUGUCGCUGACCAUUUAGGUUCAGAAAUCAUUGCGAUGACUCCGCAGUUAAGCUUUCCUGAGCUCGGUUUUGACGAAGAAAACUGGAGCGACAAACCGAGCAAUUUCUCGAAUCACGAUAGUUUAGUUCUCUUAACGCCCACAUAUCCCAGAAUGAACACCGCAAGAACGAUCAGUCGAUCGAGUUUGCAGUUCAUUCGAAGCCAAGCGAGGCGUGUUUAUGAGAAAAUAAAGAGUUAUGUGGAUGGAGAGAGCACGCUUUUGCAGAUGGUUGAACCGUAUCAAUUCUUUGAAGGAUUUCCAAUUUACUUCGAAGUUUUGGUUUCGGCGUCGGCGAAUUCGGAAUUUAAGGAUUGGCUGGGUUUGGUGGAAAGCAAAAUUCGCUAUCUUGUGUUUUUUCUGAGUCUGCGAAUUGAAAACGUGGCUUUGAAUCCGAAUCCGAUCGUUUCUAAAUCGAAUUCGAACGCAGCGUGUUUUUAUAUCGGACUGACAGUGGAUUUAACGAAAGCGACGACGUUGGAUUUGAGUCAGUGCGUGAAUGAUUUCAUUGAUAUUGUUCGACUACAGCAGCCCAAAACGGCGCGACUGGGAUUGCGAAUUCGAUAUCGCGAAGAGUUGAAAGAAUUGAAGGAGACGAUUCCGAAAUCGUGGGAAGAGUUCGCUGAGAAGGAGGAAUUCUGUGAUAUUCUUGAAGAGUGA